AUGUCUCAACAGCCUGAAGCUGUAAAUAAUAUGCAUAAUUUGACUACGCUCAUAAAACGACUCGAAGCCGCAACCUCUCGUCUUGAAGAUAUAGCUUCCUCUACCAUUCCACCUCCUCCUGCAUCGUCCAUCCCUCUAAUUUCUCCUCCGGUCGAAGCUGCGAAAACAAAUGGCACAGCUCCGCCACCAACAAUCCAAACACCAGAUAUCAAAAAGAUCAUCGAGGAUCCAAUCCCAGGAGUAGUCUCAGAAUUCGAUAAUUUUAUUCAGGGGGCGGUUAAGAAAUAUGUUAACUUGAGUGAUGAGAUUGGAGGGGUCGUUGCGCAGCAGGCAUAUGUUGGACAACGAAGAUAUAUUUUGAUUACUACAAAGUCAAAGAAACCUGGCAUGCAAGAUGAACCAUUCCAAAAGCUCAUCAAACCUCUCCAGGAUUCAUUUACUGCUGUUGAUGAUAUCCGAAAGUCCAAUCGUGCAUCACCAUUUUUCAAUCAUCUCAGUGCAGUUUCUGAAAGUAUUGGUGUACUUGCUUGGGUUACAAUGGAUAACAAACCAUAUAAACAUGUCGAUGAAUCAUUGGGAUCUGCUCAAUACUACGGAAACAGAGUAUUGAAGGAAUUCAAGGAGAAAGACCCAAAACAAGUCGAAUGGAUUCAAGCAUUCUAUCAAAUCUUCAAAGAUCUCAGCGAAUAUGCCAAGGAUAACUUCCCAAAUGGUAUUCCAUGGAAUCCAAAGGGUGAAGAUUUAGAAGUUGCGAUUAAGGAUGUUGAUCAAAAGGUUCCAGCCCCUCCUGCUCCUCAUCCAAAGGCUGCAACUGCCGGAGGAGCCGCACCACCACCACCUCCUCCACCUCCACCACCUCCAGUCUUUGACGACAUUCCAUCAAAGCCAGCACCAAAACAAGCAGAUGCAGGUGCUGGAUUAGGAGCCGUUUUCUCCGAAUUGAACAAGGGAGCAGAUGUUACCAAAGGAUUGCGCAAAGUGAAUGCUGAUCAAAUGACACAUAAAAAUCCUUCUUUGAGAGCAGGUGCUACAGUUCCUACUAGAAGUGAUAGUCAAUCCAGUAUUAGUUCAAACCGAGGAAAGAGUCCUGCUCCUGGUAAAAAACCUAAGCCAGAGAGUAUGAGAACUAAGAAGCCUCCUGUUAAAAAAUUGGAGGGUAACAAGUGGUUUAUUGAAAACUACGAAAAUGAAUCUGAGCCAAUCACAAUUGAGGCAUCUAUCUCACACUCAAUCCUCAUUUCCCGCUGCUCAAAAACUACAAUUAUCAUUAAAGGGAAAGCGAACGCAAUUUCUAUUGAUAACUCCCCUCGUCUUGCCUUGGUAAUUGAUAGUCUCGUUUCAUCGAUUGAUGUUAUCAAAGCACCAAACUUCGCACUUCAAGUAUUAGGCACGUUGCCAACCAUUAUGAUGGAUCAAGUUGAUGGUGCUCAAAUUUACUUGGGAAAGGAGAGUUUGAACACAGAAGUCUUCACGAGUAAAUGUAGUAGUGUCAAUGUACUACUUCCAGAUUUGGAAAGUGCAGAUGGAGAAGGAGAUUACAAGGAGGUGCCCUUACCCGAACAGUUGAGAACUUGGGUGGAGAAUGGGAAGGUUAAAAGUGAGAUUGUUGAACAUGCUGGAUAG